AUGUCUUCUGGAUUGUCUUAUGCGCACCCGCUCUCGCCCCUCAGCAUCGACGAGACUACUUUAGCCUCGGAUGUCAUUAGAGGCUUGCACCCAAACACCAUUCUUCACUUCCGUGUCAUUUAUUUGAGAGAGCCGGACAAGGCAGACUUGAUCAGGUUCCUGGAUCUUGAGCAUGCUGGACAAUUGACUCCGGAGACGCCGAGGCCGCCUCGCCUUGCUUCUGUGCACUAUGUUGCCGUCGCCGAUAUGAAAGAGCCUCAAUCCAUAGAGGCCAUCGUCGACUUGGGUAAACGUGAGCGUACAUGGCAGAAAAUCGUGCAGACGGAUGUACAUCCCAGCUUCACUCUGCAUGAACUCCAAGAGACAGUGAGAAUCUGCCAGGAGUCAUCUUUGCUCAAGUCCAAGAUCGAGGCAUUGUCACUUCCUGAAGGAUUCGAAGCUGUGAUUGAGCCCUGGCCGUACGGCGGUCUCGACACUCACGAUGAAAACCGGCGAUACUUCCAGGCCCUAGUGUUUGCAAUUGACACCCGGAAGAAGAAUCCGGAUGCAAACUUCUACAGCUACCCUCUCCCCCGUAUCCCGGUGGUAGAUUGGGUCAACCAAGAGGUUGUUCGCAUCGACGAGCUGGCCACCGGAGGCGAAUAUGACUCUCAUCUCCCCCAGCCCCGACAGAAGGGUGUCAUCGACCAUUGCCAACCUUCGGAAUAUGUUCCCGAGCUUCUUGACACGAAAAUGCGGCAAGAUUUGAGGGAACUCAACGUUCUCCAGCCGAAUGGUCCCAGCUUUAGCGUCAAGGACGAGAGUUUGGUCGAGUGGCAGAAAUGGAGGAUGCGCGUCAGUUUCAACCCGCGGGAGGGCGCCGUUAUCCAUGACGUUCUGUACGAUGGGAGAAGCGUACUCUAUCGUCUGUCUAUCAGCGACAUGACGGUUCCGUAUGCCGACCCUCGCAGCCCAUUCCACCGCAAGCAGGCUUUUGACUUUGGUGAUGGAGGAAUUGGGCAUUGUGCCAAUAACCUUGAACUCGGAUGCGAUUGUCUCGGAGUCAUCAAGUAUUUCGAUGGUGUUCUGAAUCGGCCUGACGGAUCAGCUCACGUUUCGAACAACGUCAUCUGCCUCCAUGAGCAGGACAACGGCAUUGGUUGGAAGCACACAAACUGGAGAACUAACCGGGCUGUUGUGACUCGUCGACGAGAACUUGUAAUUCAGUUCAUUUUGACGGUGGCCAACUACGAAUACGUUUUCAACUACAAAUUCGACCAAGCUGGAGGGAUCACAGUCGAAACUCGUGCCACUGGAAUCUUGUCUGCCGUGAACAUUGAUGCCGGCAAAACAGCACCCUGGGGUAACAUAGUUUCGCCUGGGGUCCUUGCCCAGAACCAUCAGCACAUCUUUUGUGUGCGAAUCGAUCCAGCCAUUGAUGGUCACGAAAACACUCUUAUUCAGCAGGAAUCACUCCCCGUCCAGAUGGAUGUCAGGACCAACCCCAACGGCAACGCAUACAACGUCCAGGAAACGCAAAUCACCACUUCUAUUGGCCUUGAUGCUGCCCCUCACAAUGCCCGACUAUUCAAGAUUCAAAAUCUCAGCAAGAAGAACCCCGUCAGCGGAAAGCCGGUUGGAUACAAAAUCGUUCCUCCACCCACCCAGCUUCUACUGGCAGAUCCGCGAAGUCGCCAGGCACAGAGAGCGCUUUUCGCCCAGCAUCAUAUGUGGGUGACAAAGUACAAGGACGACGAACUUUACGCCGGCGGUCGAUACACGCUUCAAAGUACUAUUGAGGAAGAAGGCGUGGCGGACGCAGCUGCGCGAUGUGACGACGUCUUGCAGAGCGAUAUCGUCAUCUGGAGUGUGUUCGGUCUCACGCACAAUCCUAGAGUUGAAGACUGGCCCGUGAUGCCCGUGGAGACCAUUCAGCUGCAUAUAAACCCCGUUGAUUUCUUUACUUCCAAUCCAGCCCUAGAUGUUCCUUCAAAUCGCAAUCUGACGUCAAAGUAUGCGGGUGACAAGACCGAAUUGCCUGUAAACGCAAAGGAAUCGGGAUCAUCUUGCUGCAACUGA